AUGUCCAGCCUCAAAACACCAGCCGGACCCAUCUCCAUACCCUCCCCCACCCCCUCCACCUCCUCCAACGGCACCAAGCGCAAGCGCGAAACCGGCCCUCCGCCCGCCCAGCAAGCGGCCGCCUUCAGCGGCGGGCAAGAUCUCAACAUCCACACCCAGGUCCACUACGCAAUCACCUACCUGCAGAACAAAGACCGGGCCCUCAGCUUCGACGACAUCCUCAACUACCUCUCGCUGCGGAGCGCCGACCUGCAGCGCCGAAAAGCCCUGCGGCACAUCCUGACGCUGAACCCGCGCGUCGAAUUCGACCCCAAGGGCAACAACGGCGCCGGCUCCUUCCGCUACCGCCCGAUUCACCCAGUCCGCAACGCCGAGGAACUAAAACGGUACCUCCAGUCGCGCAAAGACGCGAACGGCAUCCCCGUAAAAGAGCUCAAGGAAGGCUGGCCCGGCGCCGUCGAAGCCAUCGACGCGCUCGAAGCCGCGGGCGAGCUCCUCGUGACGCGCAAUCGAAAGGACAACACGCCGAAGCAGGUGUGGCAGAACGACCCGACGCUCAAGAUAAGCAUCGACGAGGACCUCAAGGCGAGGUGGCAUGCGAUUGUGCUGCCGGCUACGACGGAGGAGCUGCGGGUUAGGCUUGAGCAGGUGGGCAUGAAGCCGACGACUGCGCCGCCGGCGCCGAAGGAGGCGCCGAAGCCCAAGGAGAAGAAGAAGAGGAAGCAGAGGAGUGGCGCGAGGAUCACGAAUACGCAUAUGCAGGGCGUGUUGAAAGAUUACUCGAACAGAAGGCCCUGA